GAUGUGGUAGUAUGUGAUACAAAGUCGCCGAGUUGAAGUCUUGCGUUUUGUUGAGUUUUUCGUCCAACUGUUCAAGUGCAAUAAUAACACGGUGGUAAAGCGUGGAAUAGCUAAUAAAUAAUAAUAAAAGACAACGAUUCAAAAAGCGAUAAAUACAGCAAAGGAAUAAUAAUAAUAAAGUGUACAAAAAACAGCCGAGCCGAAAUCAACGAUCAAGGGAUUCAGGACGAGGACGCGAGUUAAGGCAGUUAAGGAAUCGCAGCCGGAAUCCUUUAGCCUCCAGCCUCCAUCCUAAACAACCGCCACAUCCUCCAGUAAUCACCAGCAACAGCCAUCGGACUCGCGAGCUAAAUGUCCAGUUGCCGCUAUCGUUCCAUACGGACGGCGUGUCACUCCCGACAAAUGCGUAUUGUGGUUGACCUUGUUUAAUAUAAUUAUGGCCGAGCGGUCGUUACAAAAGUAUCAGAAAUUGGAUACAGUGACGGUUGGAAGCGGCUCAGGAAGUAGUGCAAGCAGAGCAUCAACAGGACUCCUUAGGCGGGGGGCACUUGGGUCGAAAGGGAGCCCAUCGCUUAGCUGAUAGAAUGGGUGGCCCGAAAAAAGAGGAAAACCCACCAGGUGGUGGUCCGACGUCAUUGUUUAUUCUAACCGAGGAUAACCCAAUUAGAAAGUACACACGAUUCAUCAUAGAAUGGCCGCCCUUUGAAUACGCUGUGUUAUUGACAAUCAUAGCCAACUGUGUUGUGUUGGCACUAGAGGAGCACUUGCCAGGGGGCGACAAGACAGUAUUGGCUCAAAAAUUGGAAAAAACGGAGGCCUAUUUUUUAUGCAUUUUCUGUGUAGAAGCGUCGCUCAAGAUCCUCGCCUUAGGGCUUGUUCUGCAUAAACACUCCUAUCUCAGGAAUAUUUGGAACAUCAUGGAUUUUUUCGUUGUAGUUACGGGAUUCAUGACACAGUACCCACAAAUAGGGCCCGAGGUAGACCUAAGAACACUUAGAGCCAUUCGUGUGCUACGGCCCUUAAAAUUAGUGUCUGGAAUUCCUAGUUUACAAGUAGUUUUAAAAUCUAUAAUCAAGGCGAUGGCACCUUUACUGCAAAUCGGUCUCUUGGUGUUGUUUGCAAUCGUAAUUUUUGCAAUCAUUGGACUCGAGUUUUAUUCGGGCGCACUGCAUAAGACUUGUUAUAGCUUAGAAGAUCCAAACAAACUAGUGAAGGAGGGCGAAUCAGAGACGCCUUGCAACACGGACAACAUCCUGGAAAAGGCCACCGGCUCCUUCGUAUGCAAUAACACCACAAGCAUGUGUCUGGAGAAGUGGGAGGGACCAAAUUCAGGUAUCACGAGUUUCGAUAAUAUCGGAUUUGCCAUGUUGACCGUAUUCCAAUGUAUCACGAUGGAGGGCUGGACGGCAAUACUGUAUUGGACCAACGACGCAUUAGGUUCAGCAUUUAAUUGGAUAUAUUUCGUGCCUCUUAUAGUUAUAGGCUCAUUUUUUAUGCUCAACUUAGUUCUUGGUGUCCUUAGUGGAGAGUUUUCGAACGAACGAAAUCGUGUCGAACGUCGCAUGGAGUUUCAAAAAUGCCGCUUUCGGGCCAUGUUUCAGACAGCAAUGGUCUCGUACCUUGACUGGAUCACACAAGCAGAGGAGGUAAUCCUGGCCGAGGAGCGCACCACGGAAGAAGAGAAAAUGCACAUAAUGGAGGCUCGAAGACGAAACGCUGCCAAACGGAAAAAGCUGAAAAGCUUGGGAAAAUCAAAGUCCACAGAUACAGAGGAAGAGGAAGCGGAGGAAGAUUAUGGAGACGAUGGUUACCUCAAAACGCGCUCGAAACCUCAAGGAAGUUGUACCGGAUUUUGGCGGGCGGAGAAAAGGUUUCGUUUCUGGAUCCGGCACACGGUGAAGACGCAGUGGUUCUACUGGUUCGUGAUCGUCCUCGUCUUUCUGAACACAGUCUGUGUUGCCGUCGAGCAUUACGGCCAGCCAUCGUUCCUCACGGAAUUUCUGUACUAUGCUGAAUUCAUCUUCCUGGGACUCUUCAUGUCGGAGAUGUUCAUCAAGAUGUACGCGUUGGGGCCCCGCAUCUACUUUGAGUCGUCGUUCAACCGAUUUGAUUGCGUUGUCAUUAGUGGUUCGAUAUUCGAAGUGAUCUGGUCCGAGGUGAAAGGCGGUUCGUUUGGUCUGUCUGUGCUGCGUGCCCUGCGAUUGCUGCGCAUCUUCAAAGUCACCAAGUACUGGUCGUCGCUGCGCAAUCUAGUCAUCUCACUGUUGAACUCGAUGAGAUCGAUCAUCUCAUUGUUGUUCCUGCUCUUCUUGUUCAUCCUAAUAUUCGCCUUACUGGGCAUGCAGUUGUUUGGCGGCCAGUUCAAUCUGCCCGGAGGCACGCCUGAAACAAAUUUUAACACUUUCCCGAUAGCACUGUUGACUGUAUUCCAAAUCCUCACUGGCGAAGAUUGGAACGAGGUCAUGUACCAGGGCAUCAUAUCUCAGGGUGGUGCCCAGAAAGGAAUGAUUUACUCUAUAUACUUUAUCGUUUUGGUACUCUUCGGAAAUUACACGCUAUUGAAUGUGUUCUUGGCUAUCGCCGUUGAUAAUUUGGCGAAUGCCCAAGAACUAACAGCAGCCGAAGAGGAACAAGUCGAAGAGGAUAAAGAGAAACAACUGCAGGAGCUCGAGAAGGAGAUGGAGGCCCUCCAGGCGGAUGGAGUCCAUGUGGAGAACGGCGAUGGUGCUGUCGCCCCCAGCAAGUCCAAGGGCAAGAAGAAGGAGGAGGAGAAAAAGGAGGAGGAGGAAGUGACCGAGGGUCCCAAGCCGAUGCUGCCCUAUUCAUCGAUGUUUAUACUAUCACCAACCAAUCCCAUACGACGCGGCGCCCAUUGGGUGGUUAAUUUGCCAUAUUUUGAUUUCUUCAUUAUGGUUGUCAUCUCAAUGUCAUCAAUAGCAUUAGCAGCCGAAGAUCCCGUUCGUGAGAACUCGAGGCGAAACAAGAUAUUGAAUUAUUUCGAUUAUGCAUUUACCGGCGUAUUCACGAUAGAAAUGUUGCUGAAAAUUGUAGACUUGGGUGUUAUCCUGCACCCUGGCAGCUAUUUAAGAGAAUUCUGGAAUAUUAUGGAUGCUGUGGUCGUUAUAUGCGCUGCUGUUAGUUUCGGUUUCGAUAUGAGCGGUAGCAGCGCUGGACAAAAUUUAUCGACUAUUAAAUCGCUUCGGGUAUUGCGUGUACUACGCCCAUUGAAGACCAUUAAGCGUGUACCGAAAUUGAAAGCCGUGUUCGAUUGCGUCGUGAACUCAUUGAAAAAUGUUGUUAACAUUCUAAUCGUGUACAUAUUGUUUCAAUUUAUAUUUUCUGUUAUUGGAGUACAAUUGUUCAAUGGAAAAUUUUUUUAUUGUACGGACGAAAGUAAACAUACUUCCGCAGAGUGCCAGGGCUCGUACUUCAAGUACGAGGAGGACGAACUGCUGCCAAAACAGGAGCUACGGGUAUGGAAGCCUCGGGCCUUUCACUACGACAAUGUUGCCGCUGCGAUGUUGACCCUGUUCGCCGUUCAGACCGGCGAGGGAUGGCCACAGGUCUUGCAACACUCAAUGGCUGCCACUUAUGAAGAUAGGGGUCCAAUCCAAAAUUUCCGGAUCGAAAUGUCCAUAUUUUAUAUUGUGUAUUUUAUUGUAUUUCCGUUCUUCUUCGUCAACAUAUUCGUGGCCUUGAUUAUUAUUACGUUUCAAGAGCAAGGCGAAGCUGAGUUACAAGAUGGCGAAAUUGACAAAAAUCAGAAAUCCUGCAUCGAUUUUACUAUAGGAGCACGACCUCUCGAACGCUAUAUGCCCAAAAAUCGGAAUACGUUCAAGUAUAAAGUGUGGCGAAUUGUGGUGUCAACGCCUUUUGAGUACUUCAUUAUGAUGUUGAUCGUAUUCAAUACCCUAUUGCUGAUGAUGAAGUAUCACAAUCAAGGAGACAUGUACGAAAAGUCGCUGAAGUACAUUAACAUGGGAUUCACCGGAAUGUUUAGUGUAGAAACGGUGCUGAAGAUCAUUGGAUUCGGUGUUAAGAACUUCUUCAAGGACCCGUGGAACAUAUUCGAUUUAAUCACCGUUUUGGGCAGUAUUGUGGAUGCACUUUGGAUGGAAUUCGGGCACGAUUCGAACUCAAUCAACGUCGGCUUCCUGCGUUUAUUUCGAGCGGCGCGACUUAUCAAAUUACUUCGUCAAGGAUACACGAUUCGAAUUCUUCUAUGGACAUUUGUGCAAUCCUUUAAGGCACUUCCCUAUGUCUGUUUGCUAAUAGCAAUGCUAUUUUUCAUAUACGCCAUUAUCGGCAUGCAGGUGUUCGGGAAUAUCAAACUAGGUACGGUGGAAAAUUCCAUUACUAGACACAACAACUUCCAAUCAUUUAUUCAAGGCGUCAUGUUGCUAUUCAGGUGUGCAACUGGCGAGGCCUGGCCCAACAUAAUGCUGGCAUGUUUGAAGGGCAAGGCCUGCGACGAUGACGCCGAGAAGGCACCUGGGGAGUACUGCGGAUCCACACUGGCCUACGCCUACUUCGUAUCGUUUAUAUUCUUCUGCUCCUUCCUGAUGCUCAAUCUGUUCGUCGCCGUCAUCAUGGAUAAUUUCGAUUAUCUCACCAGGGACUCCAGCAUAUUGGGUGCCCAUCACUUAGACGAAUUUGUGCGCAUAUGGGCGGAAUAUGAUCCAAAUGCGACUGGAAAAAUACACUACACGGAAAUGUACGACAUGCUGAAGAACAUGGAUCCACCGUUGGGUUUUGGCAACAAGUGUCCCAACCGACUGGCAUACAAGAAACUGAUUAGAAUGAAUAUGCCAUUGGACGAUGAAUUGAGAGUUCAGUUCACGACAACGUUAUUCGCUUUGAUUCGUGAGAAUCUCAGCAUCAAAAUGAGAGCGCCUGAGGAGAUGGACCAGGCGGACAUGGAACUGCGGGAGACCAUCACGAACAUCUGGCCAUUGCAGGCGAAGAAGAUGCUAAACCUGCUGGUGCCGCCCAGCGAUCAGCUCAACAAGGGCAAACUGUCAGUGGGUAAAAUCUAUGCAGGUUUCCUCAUCCUGGAGUCCUGGCGUAGCACGCGGUUUGGCCAACUCGAUUCGGGAAUGCCGAUGCUGGAGCUGCAGGAUGCAUCGAGACAUCCGUCGCAGGAGUCGCUUACCGGUGCCGAUGCUGGCCAUUUACAUCCUGGACAUUCGUAUAUGAAUGGCCAUCGGCGAUCGCCUAGCUUGAGGCACAAUGGCUCUCCACUGGCCAGAUCUCCGAGUCCUCGACGGCGUGGCCAUCAAUACAUACAUCAUGAUAUCGGGUUCUCCGAUACCGUAUCUAAUGUUGUAGAGAUGGUCAAGGAGACUCGUCAUCCUAGGCAUGGCAACAGUCAUCCGCGGUAUCCAAGAGGUUCAUGGUCAGCAUCGACAAGUCCGGCCCGUUCGCCUUCGCCUUCUCGAUAUGGUGGUCAUUUGUCUCGCAGUAAACGCACUCAACUGCCUUAUCCCACAUAUGGGACAACCAGUCUAUGUCAAAGAUCACGAUCGCCGAGUCCCGCUAGACUUCAGGAGAUGCGUGAACGAGACAGACUUGGUUAUGGGAUUGAUAUGGGUGUAACGCAUGUACAGCAUAGUUACCCAACACUGGCCUCCCGAAGAGCCGGAAUCGGAAGACGCCUUCCUCCGACUCCCAGUAAACCGUCAACACUGCAGCUCAAGCCAACCAAUAUCAAUUUCCCGAAGCUGAAUGCCAGUCCCACACAUACACACCACUCAACGCCCCACAGUGUUCACUCGCUACCACACCACCGCGACCUGCUGCGAGAUCCAAGGGAUAUGUACUAUAGUAGUAGAGAACGCGAGCGGGAUCGCGAACGCCUUAGGGAUCGGGAUCGUGAUAGGGAUCGCGAUCGCCUGCACGAGUACGACCUGCGGUACGAGUACCGGGAUCGGGAACGAGAGUUGUACGAACGCGAAAGAGAUCGCGAGCGGGAGGUCGAAAGAGAAAGACUGGAAUAUAUAGCACCGCUGUCGUUUGAACAAGCGCUGGCUAUGGGCCGAACAGGUCGUGUACUGCCAUCUCCAGUUCUAAACGGUUUUAAGCCAAAGAGUGGUCUGAACCCUCGACACUCCGAUUCGGAUGAGGAGGAUUGGUGCUAGCAAAGGCUUUGAUUGCGAUCGCGUAAUCGAAAGGAUCAGAUCUGGGUAUAGCAUCAGGCCAUUUGCUCCUCUUUGUCAGCACCAAACUUAGAUCACAAUUUUGAUACGAUACGACACAGCUAUCAGAUACCCGAACAUCUGCAAAACCUUCCAUACCUUUGUCCACCAGUACACCAACACCAACACCAACACCAAACCCAAACCCAAAACCAACGACAACACCAAGAUCAGCACCUAUAUCAAAGGUAUGGCACGAACGUAUCGACACCGAAACUAGGAACAACUAUAUCUGAUAUCAAAUUGGCUGGAGUUAGCUUACAGGAAUUAAGCCCGAAUCGACAACCGCAAUCGCAACAGAAGCAGGAGCAACAAUUGCAUCAGGAUGGAUGGCUCAGAUGGUACCGGCAAUCGGGUCCAUACGGAUCCCCAGUGAUGGCAUCAUUGCCGGAGACCAGAGCAACAUCGCCCCACUCCGAUAUCGAAUUCAUUAGAACUAUGAAGAGAAGUGAAACCGGAACAACUGCAAUAACACCAAGGACAACUAAAACUGAAGCAAUGAUAUUAAGCGUACCAAUUACAAUAACGUCCCCAUUAGCUAUUAAAAAGAUAUAUUCAGAUAAUGACAUUAAUUAUAAUACCGAACGAGGAACUGAUAAUGACAGAGUGGACGAUGCACCAGCUCAUCAUUAUCACCAGCCAGAACUAACUACACCAGAUCUACAAGACGAGCCACCACUGCAGCAGCAUCACCAGCACUAUCCACAGUAUUCGUAUCAUACGCUCUAAGGAGGAUAGGAUCAAGAACGAGCAACCAUUAUGCAGACGCCACAAUCCAUAGUUCAUAGUCCAGAAACUAGUAUCCAGAAUCUAGAAACUAGAAACCAGAAACCAGAAACCAGAUCCACUAAAAGUGCAACUUUAAUUGAAACUCAAACUGAAACUGAAACGAGGUGUAAAGAAUGUGAGAGUGAUUUUAUUCCACGCAAUUGGAUUGGGAGUAAACGUGGGGAGAUUGUAAACAGAUUAGAGCUACUAUUUGCUUAGAAAUAGGAGUAGACAACAUAAUUUUAGAUAUGAAUAUGAUCAAGUGUAUUGUACUUUUUUUUUAAUGUAAGGGCAAGUCUAGACGAAGAGCACAUCAAAAUGAAGCUAACGAUAACAGAACUCUUUUCAAGCAGAACACACAUAGAUCUAGAUCGAAAAUAUAUAUAUAUAGGAAAUAAAGAUUGUAGGUACUCGCAUACAUUGUAAGUUAUCUAGAAUUUAGCUCGAGGAAUCGGUACGGUAAUCUGCAAGCGUUUUUGACUUGUUUAUAUUAAAAGUUAGUACUUCAAUUAUGUGUAUUUAAAUGCGACAUUUAUUUAUUUACUCAAUGUACAUACCAGAUAAUUGUAGAUAUGAAAUUGUUAUUUAUUUUAUUCUUUUGUAUGUAAAAUAUUUACCUACGACUACUAUUAUAAAUACCUUCAUCAGACCGAAUCCCUAUAGCGAAUAUUAGCAAAAAUUCAGCGCAAUUUAGUCCUCUACGGUUUUAACAUUCAGUUGUGUAUUUAUACUCGAGCGGAUACUUUUUUUCCACGAUUAGUAGAAGUCCACGCAACAUGGCAAGUCCAGCAUAUUGAAUUCAAAUCCAAGUCCAAAACUAGAUCCAAAUAACUCAAUUAUGACCAAAAGCAUGUAUCUGUGUAAAGUAAGCAUCAUUCAGUGCCAUUUGUUUAUACAGACUCUAGCUAACUUACAAUAGCUUGUUUAUCAUACAUAUUUGCCUUAGCGAAUGAAACGUUGUUUUCAUAGUUACUCUGUAAUCUGCAAUCGACGAGAGGUUUAUGCUUCUAUUAAUGCGUUUCGUAUGCUGAAAUUAGCUCCUCGCAAACUUUCCGAUCAGUUGAAAGAACUCGAUGUCCAUAUGUAUUUAUAAAUGACAAGCAAGCAAGUCAUUGUUCUCACAAUCGAGCAUCCUUAACGUAAACAAAAACAUGUGUAGAUAUAAUAUAUACACCUCCGACUCCUCAUACUCGAAUUGAAUUGAAUGUGUAUAAUGUGUAAAAAUGCAGAGCUCAUGGCACACCAAACGUAAUGUAUUCAAAUAUACUAUAGCCAUGCACACAGCCCCUCCAACUCACUACCAAAAAAAAAUGCAGUCAUCAUGUGUAUAGAUAGACGAAUCGUACAUGUUGGACGACGGGAUAUCGAAGAGCGCACAAUAAUUGUAAUUUAAAGAAAAGAAUCCAUAACUUAAGUAAAUAAUUAUAGCAGCUGAGCAGUAAUGCGAAUUUACACAGCAAAUGAACUUACCAUUACGAAUAUGACGAUGACUAGCGUCGAGUGCAUACGGAAAGUAAAAAGAAAAAAAAAAAAACUUUAACAAAAACAUUUAGCAAACAGAAACACUUGCCCUAAACUAACUUAACUGAGCUGACUUUAGCUGUGUACGAUACUUAAAUAUUAACUGAGCAAUACUGAAUAGGGAAAACGACUAACCUAGAAACGAUUAACCCAAAUAUACACUCAAAAAAGGUCAAGAUCGCCAUUUAACUUAGAAACUCGCCAUUUUAUAAUGUCUUUGGCUGUGAGCCGUAAGUUUUAAAAAUCUCCGAAAAUUUCCCAAGUUUCAAAAGCGGAUUUUUCAGUUCCUUUUUUUAUACUUAAUUUGAAGGUUUCGUUCGCCAUUAGUUUGUAAUAGCAAAAAUCAUUGUGUGAAUACGAUUUUUUUAUUUUACAGGACACGGUCAUCAUAUGUCUUGUUGAUAUAAUUUUGAAAAAUAAUUUUUUUUUUUGAAAACCCUGGGUUUUUGAUUUUAUGGCGAUUUUCUAAAAUCUAGACAAAGAGAAUGGAGAGUGGAGUGUGAGAAAGGUAACCGACAAGCGUAUUCUUCUAUAAUUAUCUUAAUUACGGAUGCUGACAAACAUACAUCAAAUAUAUAUAUAUAUAUAUAUACACGCCUACAUAGAUAAAUAUACAAUAGUUUAUAACUAGUAUCAAAUAAAAUGGGAACUCCAACGCUAAGGAAAAACAUAGAACAAAGAUCGCCGAUAUAAAAGUUCACUCUCCAAUGAAUUAAUUAAUUAAUUAAUUAAUUGUAUACACGUUGCACGUUGUAUUUCCGAGGUUCACUUUUGACUACUUCCAGUAAAAGUUUGUCCACGUGGCAAAUGUUUCAAGUCCUCAGUCCUAGGCUAAGAUCCGAUUUUUUACCUUCAUUUUGCACCGCUUGCUUAACAUUAACAUUCGAAUUAUAACUAGCGAUAUCCCCCACAAAACAGUAGAGUUCUUGGAAGGGCAGCUUAGGGCUCAUUAGCUCAAUUACUACUACUGAAUCAUUGCCCCGAUGCCAAAACUAAACAAAAUAUAGAUAAAUGAUACAAAAAAAAAAAAAAAACACCAAAGAAAAUAAAUAAAAAAAAAUACAAGAAAAAACAAAACCAAAAAACAGAAAAAAAAAUAGAAAUGAGUACAAAGUAUGAAGUUAGUUCACUGAUAUGAAUUCAGUAUUCAGUAUCGCUUAUCCAGUUCAUGAUGCCUAUAGAGGAAAUAUUUAGUUAGCUAAAAUAUUGGCAAGCUCGUGACCAUUUCAACUCGAUUCCAUUCGAUUCGCUUCUAAUGCUCACAAUCUUCGCUUCGUCCUUCGAAAAAAAAAGGCUCCCAGCUGGCCGACCGCGAACUCUGCCCAACUUUAUGUACUCCUACUUGUAUGGUUAGGUGCCAAGUGCAGGGAUCCGAUACACGAAACAUCACAUAUUUCCGGGGAAGAACAAUUCGGGCACCAUGUCCCGCCAUUUACUUACAAAAUUAAAACCAAAAUAUAUAUUGUUACACAAUGCUGCGAUCGAUUGUUCUUCCAGCUACAGAUCCUUGCAUUCCCCCGCCACAUGGAGAUGCCAUGGAAAGCAUUGCCCGAUCCAGAUUAAGAUCCAGAUUCAGAGUCAUUAUACAUAUGCAUGCAACCAUGAUGAAGUGCGCACACAAGGCUGCUGCCGAGCCAAUCCUCAAUUCGAAAAAAUUCAAAAUUGAAUUCAAAUCCAAAAAUUGAGGUGACCCAAACGGUCCGCGCUCCUGUGUUGUUAAACUUAACUCAUGUCGUAGGUGGCUUACUUCUGUCUGAAAUGGCAAACAUUUAACCAUUGAACCCUAACUUAACGAUUCGACUGUAUAUUUUGUGAUUUGUUUACUGUCUGGUGUGAGCGGUUACAUGAAACAAAAAAAAAAAAAAAACAAUAAAGAAGAAAACUUAACAAAAAAUAAGAACGGAAACAAGCAAAAAUAAAAAGGAAAUACAUAUAUGUAAGUAGAUCUGACUUUUUUUUACAAAGCAACAAGAAAUAUAAAAUAUAGGAUGUGAGAGGGGAUGAUACGCGAAUAGGAAAGGAAACAAAAUUAAUAAUAAUGAAAUUAGUUUAAAAUUAGAAGAAUGUAACUGUUACGGCUAAAUUGUAAUGAUAAUACAUAUACAUAAAUAUAUGAGAGAAACCAUAAAUAUAAAUAUAAAUAUCUUAAUUUAAUAUACUAAGUGAAUAAAGCAGUUAAAUUAAUUACUAAGAUACGCUAGAGAUAAUUAAACUACAUUUAAUAAUUAUGUAAUUAUAAAGAUGACUCGUAAUUUAUAUACAAGAUAUACAUACAUAAACAUAUAAUAACAUAAAUACCUGCCUUCAACAAAUUUGUUAAUAAAACUAUUAAUACUUUCUUAUUUUACAUAAUGUAAAGGAAUACCAUAAUAAAAACAAAAAAAAAACAAGAAGAAAAUAAAUGUCAAAAAAAUAACAC